UCUAGAACAUCAUUUACAUUGUUGUGGCGUCGCUGUGGAACAGCAACCAAACACAACAAAUAGCUUAAGGUGCCGUACGUGUAUCCCAAGCGUCUCGUUGUGUAAAGCGAAAUUUCCCGUUCCCAUUUGACAAAAUGGGUGUUUUCGACAAGGUCGCAUCAGCGUACCUGACAGUAGUGGGUGCCCUGUCAGUGCUCAGGCCUAGCGGUAAGUGGUGGACAAGCGAUUCUAAAAUCAGCGUUAUCGUCCACGAGGGGAAGGUUGGGCGACACAGCCAGGGAAAAUACCUAGUUACCGUUCGCCACCGUAAGGAGAAGCAGCAAACCAAGAAGCGAAAAUCAGACGGUCUCACCUGGGAGCACGCUGUCCAGUUCUCCCACUGGAGCCCAACAGACCCGCUGGUACUGAAGCUGCGGAAGGCGAAGCGUUGCAAAGACGCGACCAUCGCAAAGCUCUCCAUCGAUGUGGCAGCCGUACUGGAGUCAGCGGACGGCUUACCAAACAAGUGGUGGUGUGCAAUGGAGAGACUUGACAAGGGUGGUCAUCAGAAGGAAGACGUUUUCCUUCAAAUCACGGUUACAGUUGACGGUCGGGAGGUGAAAAGUGGUGCUACGCCAGACCCUGCUGCGGAGACUGCUACGACAGCAGCACAAGAGAAGCCACAGACUACGCCGGAGCUGAAGGUCAACUCACCGCCGUCCGCAUCAACAACAGGCCCGGCGGCCAGCCAACCAGCUACGGUAUCAACCUCAGGCGCAUCCAGUGACAAGCCGACUGCCAAGAUUGCAGACGAGCCGAGCCAUGAGCGCCGUUCCUCAGUAUCACAGGAAGGAGAGACGGGAAUGUCAGACAGGAGCUGCCACGCGAAAACCUCAUCACUUUCCGCAGCUGGUGACUUCACUGACGGCAAGCCCGUGUCUUCAAUCUCACCGUCGUCCAGCACACCUGCCCCACUCGACAAGACCGGUACAGGUGGCCAUGGAGAGGGUGAUGCCAAGGUGGGCUCAGAGCGUCUCUCCCACGACAAAGAAGUGGAGGUUCCACAGACUGUACCAGAUGCAGCAGAUGGUCCCACUGGUGACAUUCAAGGUAAAUAUAAGACUAUGUGA